CUCUGUUACUCACGGCGUUCUCCUGAAGUUCACCUCUACCGCUGCCGAUUAAAUCACUGUUCAAGCAAUUUCACAAUCAAAGAAACGAAUUGAUCUCCAGAAUGGCGUUAACGAACUUUAUACUGACAGUUGCGGGAGUGAGCGCUGUGGUUUUACUGAUGAGGAGCGACGUUAAACAGUCUGCCUCCAUCUUCAAGCGCAACGUUCGUCAAAUUCGCCACUGGCUUGAGGAAGAGUCUGCUUCCGCCGCUAAGGGAAUGGAGAAGGCAAAGCCGAAGGAGAUACCUCAGAAGGACAUCCCCAAAGACGACAAACACUAGAUUUGAUUCCUCUGUCGAAAUACAUACUUAUCAGAUGCCUUGUGAUUUCCCAGCCACCAUUUCAAAUUUUGUUCCAUAACAUAUGACUAAUUUAGACUCCCCAUUAGUGUAUGUAUCCUGUUAAAUAUACUUUUGCCCUUUUUGGUAUUGGCAAAAUGAGUUAUUUUCACAUACUGUGUCACCAUAGAGCUUUCAAAAUACUAAUUGACAUGAACUGAACUCUCUUGUAAGUUGUAAUAAUCAUGAUCUCUCAGAUUCUCUUGUAUCUUUGAAGCUACUAGGUCAAAUAACAUUUGAGACAUCAUUUGUUUU